AUAAAACCUAUCAUAUGCAGAUUUGUGGAAGCUGAGUUCCAACAACAAUGGGACGUUCCAAACCUCGAUUUAAUAGCAAGGCAAGACAGAUUGUUGAUAAUAGCAAGACACCAAAACCUGUUAAUGUAAAAGUAGAUAUCGUUGAUAAUCAAACAACAUCAGGAUAUGGAGGAUGUGAUGCAAGCAACCCACUCGUCUUGCCUUCCAAGAAAACAAAACAAGGCCACAAGAAGUUCAAAGACAAAGUAGUGCCAAAGAAACUCAGUAAAAAGAAACGCAAGAUGCUGGAGAAAGUGUUACAACGAAAGGCGAAGAAGGAGAAGAGGAAAGAUAUUCUAACAUCAUUAGCAGAGCAUCAAGCCUCACCUGAGGAGAUGGCGUUAUUCACAUGUACUGCUCACCUUGGACAGAAAACCACUAAACGAGAUGCAGAUGUUCAGCUGAAAAGAAACGAGAUAUUAUGUAUAAAUAGUGUAAAGGGAGCAAAUAAGCGGAGACGCUUAGAAACGGAGAAUAAGAAAGAGGUGUCUUCCUCAGAUGAAACAGAGAGUAGUGCAUCAGACAGUGAUUCUGAACUGGAGGAAAACAAAAUUGAGGACACAAAAAUGAAAGGUUUAGAAAGAACAGAAUAUAAAGAAGAAAAAAACAAACAGAAUCAGUCUUUAAAAACCGCUGAAACACAUCGGACAGAUAUUGCGACAAAAGAAGCAUCAAAUAAGAAAGUGUCAAGUAUUAAACAGUCUGAAUGUGAACCUGCUGUGUUUGUACCUUUAAAGAGAUCUCAAGAAGUUCAGGAAGCAAGAUUGGCUCUUCCUAUCCUGGCAGAGGAACAAAUGAUCAUGGAAGCUGUAAAAGAGAAUCCUGUGGUGAUCAUUUGUGGUGAGACAGGCAGUGGAAAGACAACACAAGUUCCACAGUUCUUGUAUGAAGCUGGUUUUGCAAAGAAGGGAAUGAUUGGAGUGACUGAACCUAGAAGAGUUGCAGCUGUCAACAUGUCUCAGAGAGUAGGCAAGGAGAUGGGUCUUGGAAAGAAAAAAAUAUCGUACCAAAUUCGAUAUGAAGGAACAGUUACAAAUGAAACAGAAAUGAAAUUCAUGACUGAUGGUGUUCUAUUGAAGGAAAUUCAAAAGGAUUUUUUUCUAACCAAGUACUCCGCAAUCAUCAUAGAUGAAGCCCAUGAGAGAAGUGUGUAUACAGAUAUUCUGAUUGGUUUAUUGUCUCGGAUUGUUCCAUUAAGAAACAAGAAGGAAAUUCCACUGAAAUUAAUUAUUAUGUCAGCAACAUUGAGAGUCGAAGAUUUCACAGAAAACACCUCACUAUUCAAGGUUACUCCUCCUGUUAUUAAGAUUGAAUCUCGUCAGUUUCCAGUAACAAUUCACUUCAAUAAGAAAACCCCUCUAGAAAAUUAUGUAGCAGAAGCUUAUCGUAAGGUAUUGAAAAUCCAUCGAACCCUUCCACCAGGUGGCAUUCUAGUAUUUGUUACCGGCCAAGGAGAGAUCAACACACUUUGUCGGAAGUUAAAGGCAAGAUAUGAACUGAGAAAUUUCAAACAUAAGAAAGCAGCUAACUCAAAAGCAGAAAAGGAUGAUGAGGAGUUGGAAGAAGAAAAGGACAGAGAAUUUAAGAAAAUUAAACUACCUAGAAUUAAUUUAGACAGUUACUCAACACAGCCUUAUGAAGAAGAAGAGGUUGAGGAAGAUAAAGGUGAGGUGCUAGAAGAUGAGCACCUUCAGGAUGAUGAGAGUGAGCAAGAAGAUGAAGAUGAUGAUGACAAGAUAGCAGACGCUUUAGGCCCAUCCAUUGUAGAUGAAAUUCCUUUGUAUGUCUUGCCAAUGUAUUCAUUAUUACCUCCACACAAACAAGCUAAAGUGUUCAUGCCCCCUCCUCAAGGAACUAGGCUGUGUGUAAUCUCUACCAAUGUAUCCGAGACAUCGCUCACAAUCCCUGGUAUCAAGUAUGUUGUUGAUACCGGACGGGUAAAAAAGCGUUACUACGAUAAUGUAACAGGUGUGUCAUCAUUUAAGAUCACCUGGACGUCAAAGGCAUCAGCCGAUCAAAGGUCAGGACGAGCCGGCAGAACUGAGCCAGGUCAUAGCUACAGAUUAUAUUCUUCUGCUGUUUUUAACAGUGAUUUUGAAAAGUUUGAUUCACCAGAAAUUACCCGGAAACCAGUAGAUGACCUUAUACUACAAAUGAAAGAUAUGGGAAUUGAUAAGGUUGUCAAUUUUCCCUUCCCCACUCCACCAGAAUUGGAAGCCAUGAAGGCUGCCGAACGACAUCUGAUUAUGCUUGGUGCUCUUGAACAGCCAGUGAAACCAGUACGUCUUUCUGACAAAGAAACAUUCACUUGCAAGAUAACACCGCUUGGUAAAGCAAUGGCUGCCUUUCCAGUAGCUCCUUGCUAUGCCAAGAUGAUCUCCCUAGGCCAACAGCAGGGGUGUCUACCCUACAUCAUUGCAUUAGUCGCAGCUUUAACAGUCAGGGAAAUCUUUGAAGGAAAUGUAGGAGCUGGGGAAUCUGGAGAAGGGAAUGAAGCAUUGAAAAUGAAGAGGGCCAAGUCAUCACAUUAUAAAAAAAUAUGGGCAGGAAAGGGAUCCGCUGCAGAAUUUGGAGACCUGAUGGUGUUGCUGGGUGCUGUAGGGGCGACAGAGUACGCUGGGUGUACAGCUGGCUUCUGCCAGGCUCACAGUCUAAGAUAUAAAGCAAUGGUGGAAAUUCGUAAACUACGACGGCUCCUCACCAAUGCUGUAAAUGCUGUCAGUCCGGAGUGCGGGGUGUUUGUUGACCCGAAGAUGAACCCACCAACAGACUUGCAGGUGAAAAUGUUACGUGAAAUAGUAUUGUCAGGGCUUGGAAACCAUGUUGCUAGACUCAUGCCUGAUUCUCAAGAACGUGAAGCAAAGAAUGCAUAUCAGUGUGUUGGUAUAGAGGGCGCUGUUUACAUCCAUCCUGAUUCUGUUCUAUUCAGUAAAUUGCCCAAGUUUGUUGUUUAUCAGGAGAUAAUUGAAACAUCCAAGGCAUAUAUGAGAGGUGUAAUAGCAAUAGAGCCUGGGUGGUUGGCAUUACUUCUACCUCACCUGUGUACAUUCUCAAAACCACAUGAAAAGCCUUCACCAAGAUACGACCCAAAGACAGGCACUGUACGGUGUCACAUGACAGCAACAUUUGGUCGAAAUGCAUGGCAACUUCCUUGCCAGGAGCUAGCGUUCCCACCAUCACCGGAUCGAUUCAAGUGGUUUGCUAGAUUUCUCUUGGAAGGCCAGGUGUUCAGUGGACUUAAGAAGUACACAUCUUGCUUACUAUCCCCUCCAAGCACUAUGGUGAAAACCUGGGCCAGGUUACAACCAAGGACCCAGACAUUACUCAACACUCUAGCAAUCAAGAGAGUAGACUCCAAAGAGACUCUAACACAGGCCUGGCAAGAAGACAGUAACUAUCUUAUAGCUGCAUAUAAGGAAUGGUUACCAGAGUCGAAGCAUGUUGAAUUAGCUAAUACCUGGCCACCAGAAAGCUGAAUGAACUUGGAAAUUUACUUAGUUGGUGUGUUAAUCAGACUUAAUCAGCAAGUUAUUCUGGCACACACCAAUCAGAGAGACACAAUUCGGAUAUUGCUCAGGAUGUUUGCAUUUUAAACAAGGUUGACAGGAUUAAUCCCAUCAUACUGACUGAAUUUCUAACUUGUCAACAAAAGGCACUCGCAAUGUAGCAAUAUGUGAACAUGCCAAGUUUGCCAAAAGGCAGCAGAGCCCAAUCACACAAUGGAAAGCUGUGGAUGGGCCUGAAUUUUAAACUCCCAAGGAAAUUAAUAAUAAGCGGAUGUCUUUAGUAUUAUCCUUUUAUUACUAUAAUAACUUGAAUAUUUAUUUUAUUUUUUUUAAAUUUUGAAAUGUACUACAGUCAUGAACAUAAAAUAAACAGUAUGUCAACAAUCAACAACUGCCCACAACAAGAACAACAUAUGAUGAUGUUUGGUAAAAGCCAACAUGUCUUUACGUACAACACAUUUUACACUUCAAUAAUUAUCUACCUUUUUUGUUAUAAGAUACAUUUAUUUCUCAGCAGGUUGAGCAUAAAUAAUUACAUCUCCUAUAUGUAAAAUUAAUUAAUUGCCGUGCAUUUUGGUAAAAGUGUAUUUUUACAAUUACAUAUCAAAAUUAAUAAGCAAACACUACAAAAAGGCCACAUUGUAUGAAUAAAUAAAGCUAAGAGGCCUGCAGUAAUGAAAAUCAGUUUACAUAUAUUAUAAAUACUGAUAUGCCCAUAUGAAAUUAUUGUAAAAUAAAUGCUAUCCAUUCACUAAGUUAAUUAAAAGUUUCCAUAAAAAA